CCAGACGUUCGGUAGCUCCAGACGUGACAGUGUGCGACAGUGUGUCAAGUCCGUGUGUAGUGUUUGUGAAAGCAGAAUGUCAUCAGAGGAAGAGGUUUUAAGACUAGACUUCACCGACUCCUCUUCCGAGGAGGAGCAAGUGGUGAGUACUAUAGUGUGUGGAAUUCGUGUGAGUGAAAUCCCUGUGAGACCCGAGAGGUGUCGGACUCCUAACCUGUUGCUACCGCGAGUGCCCCUCCGCCAUGCAUUCUUGAACUCUUUGAUUCACAAGUUCGCUGUGAUUGAGUUCGCCGCGCUUUUCAAAAUAACCGCGAGAGCCCCUUUCCUAACCUUGCCGCAUGUGGAUCUCUAUCGAAUUUCUAUCUUUUCAGCGUGUCAACUUGCGCUUGAUGGGCGCGAGGCCCCCUAGCCCAAGCGAAGUCCCGACCCCGCCCUCAGAUUGGGCUGCGGGUCCUUCAUCACGCCCUACAGAGGCAGAGGAUGAAAUGGCCAAGGAGGCGGGACGCACCUUCGCCUCGAGGGUGGCUAUUGUACACCCCCAACCCCGCAUCCCUGUACACGAGCGGCUCGGAGUACGUGAAGAGGAAGACCCCACCACGACCACGGCUGCGCGCGGGCGCGGGCGCGGACGCGGCUCCUAUCGGGGUCGCCGCUACAUUUCACCACCUCAGCGCGGUCCGGUUCAUAGCCGCCUCGGGGCUGAGGGCGACCGCCAGUGGCACGGCCCGGGGCUGAGGCAGGCCGUCACCGCCCGCCCCGCCAGAGCCACCCACGACCCCGCCGUCCCCGAGCCCAAGCCCCUCAUCAGCGCGGCGGCGAUGAGGGAGGCCGUCAGGCGGGCCGAAGCGGCAGCGCGGCGCGCCGCCAAGCAAGAGGCCAAGGAGGCCACGGAGGCGGUGAGGGAGGCCGCGGAGCGCCCGGUCGUCGUCGUAAGGCCGGAGGCCCGCCCCCGUCGCCCCAUCCCCACGCCCCGCCGGCCCGUCCCCGCGCCCCGCGGUCUGGCGGCCGCAUUGGCCGAGAUAGCACCGAGGAUGGCGGAGGCUCACUUCGCCGCCCCCGCUGCAGCCCCUGCCCAGCAAGCCGACGUCCCCCAGGUUGACGCCGAGGUCCCGGAGGACCCUACACGGCGACGCCGCACCCGCCCGGCUAACCCAGCUCCCAAGAAGUAGGGAGUUGCCAUCGCCCAUAUGAUUUUUUUUGUUUCUAUUACCCCGCCCAGAUGGGCAUGUGAUUUCCAUAUAAUUUAACUAAUACCCCGCCCCAAUGGGGAAGACUGAUUUUUAUUAAUAAAUUUAUAUAUUUGUAACUUGUGUCUCUCUUAUCAUGACCUUUCAAUCCAAUUUUUAAUGCUGGUGCACUUUGCCGUUGGCAUGCUCAAGCUGACAUGUUGAUGUCGAACAUUAUUGAAGUUGAAGAAACGGGGCCAAGUCUGAUAUGAGAUCU